UUCUAUCUGCGUUAUUAUUAUUAUUUUUUACUACUUCCGGGUUUCGUGUUUCAAUAGAAACCGCUUCCUGUUCGUCCUUUACGAUAUUGUGUUACUGUUAAAUCGACUAUGUAUAUUUUACUAAACCACCAACCAACCAAAUGUUAAAACUACAAAUGACUGCUAGAAUUUGAGGCGAAUCGUGUUCUCCUCAUUGGAAGUCGCAGCUGCAGGUUUCAAAUCAACUUUGGGUUUUAAACAGCUAUACUGAUAACAGCGCUCCCCAUGUAAGACUCAAGGAACUUUGAAAGCUACUGCCACGUUAUAUUGACAGGACUUUUCUUAAGGACUCUGUGUAAUGAAGAAGCGAGGGAGACGAGCGCGGCUAACCGAUGUGGUAGCAGGACAGAGAAGCCAUACUCAGUCAGUGGCUGGGGUCAAGAAACCUGCUGGGCGACAAGAAAGACAAAAGAAUGCUGUGAAAACAACUCUACCAUCAGUUGCAUGUGAUGGAGGUUUCGAGGAUGUUGGUCCAAGUGACAGAUCUGCAAGAUUACAAUUGAGCACAACCGUGUCAGUUGUGGAGAUAGAAGGGGAGGAGCAUCCAGAGAAUAGAUCAAAGAAAUUAGGUAUGGGCAGACUCAGCACUGCAUUCUGUCGACUCUGUCAUGGAAAGUUCUCACCUCGGAGGUUGCGGCAUGCCUUUGACAAGUGGCCAGGAGAGCUGGAGGGGGUCCCUGACCAGACAGAGCCAGCCCAGUCGCCCCUGCUUUUCUACACAGACUUUCAGCGCCUAGUGGGAGUGCCACUGAACCGUGACCCACGUCUCUCACAAUUCAUCUGCAAGAACUGCCACACAAAAUUCUACAAGUGCCACACUAUCCUGCUCACGUUUCUGCAGAGGGUAAACCUCUUGCCAUCUGUGAAUGCGCCCACCAGAGACAGGAAAAGUUCAGAGUGCUCUCAAUCAACAGUGCGUCCCAGCUUGUUGUCCAUCCCGACCAUCCCCUCCGAUCCCAAGUGUCUCCACAGCCUGGUGUCCUGGGCCCACCACCAUGCAGGAGACUGCCGCUCCUGCCCUGACCUGAAAGAAGUGCUGGAGGGGCAGUGCUGGGGCUCAGUAAGGGCUGUCUGGGAGUGUGUGGCUGGACAUAGUUACAUGAUGGACACACAGACCAGAGCAAAUCCUGGACACACUGGGUGCGAUCCUCUACUGGAAGCUGAGGAGCAGCCCAGAGGGAACCGAAACCCUGUCAACACCACCAUGCCCCUGGCCAGUCAAGGUGCUACCCCACAGACUCAGAGUUCCAUCAACACUGAUGCUACUACCACCAGUGCAGAUGAAUUUCUCUUUGCUAAGGAGACACCCUGCCCUGCACCUGCCCCACUCAUGGACAGGACAGGUGACAUUGAGCUAUAUGACCGGAACAUGUCCAGUGAGGAUGAGUUGGAAGAUAAAAGGAAAAGUGGAUCCUCUGAUGAAUUAUUUGAACCAUACCCAGAAAAGAAAGUUGCCUCCCCGAAGAAGAGAACCAGAAGAAAAGAAGCAACAACUCCCAAAGAGCCUAAAGUUAGAAAGAAGCCAGGACCCAAGCCUGGCUGGAAGAAGCCAAUCAAGUCAGAAAGAGAGGAGCUGCCCAAUAUCUACAAAUGUCCAUACCAAGGCUGCUCAGCUGUGUACCGAGGAGCAGACGGCAUGAAGAAACACAUUAAGGAGCACCAUGAAGAGAUCCGUGAGCGACCCUGCCCUCACCCUGGCUGCAACAAGGUCUUCAUGAUUGAUCGCUACCUGCAGCGACACGUGAAACUAAUCCACACAGAGGUGAGGAACUACAUCUGUGACCAGUGUGGUCAGACCUUCAAGCAGAGGAAGCACCUGUCUGUACACCAGAUGCGCCACUCAGGGGUCAAGCCACUACAGUGCGAAGUGUGUGGUUUCCAGUGCCGCCAGAGAGCAUCGCUAAAGUACCACAUGACUAAACACAAGGCAGAAGCUGAUCUGGAAUUUGCAUGCAAACUGUGUGGAAAGCGCUUUGAGAAGGCCCACAACCUCAACGUCCACAUGUCCAUGGUGCAUCCCCUCACACUAGCAGCUGCUGGAGGAAACAUCGACAGCCCCUCCAACCCUGCUAUCACCAACAUAGAGACCAUCACAGAGACUGGGGCACUGAACCCUUACACCAGUUGACCGACUUGAUUAGGCCUGUGACCCUCAAGGAGAUAUAACAACCACAAAGUCUAACAUGGCUAGGGAACUAGAUUCAGCUGCAGGACGAUUUCUGUUUGAGUGGAUGGUCAGAGAGCCAGUACAUAAUUAUAACUUUGUACAACUGCAAAUGGACCACAACUAAGGCAAAGAAAUCACUUGCGGGAUGUUUUUGGCCCGCCAGCCGCCUGUUGUUGACCCCUGGUCUACAGGGAGUCUGGUGUAAAAUGGUCAUGGCUAAUGUGACUAAUUAACUUGAGGUAGAGAAUAAGGUUAAUAAGUUAUACGUGCACUAUGUAUUGAUGACUGUACGUCUAAAAGGAGCACAGCUAGCGGAUCCUCUUUCAAAGCCAGGUAAGCUGUGUGAUACUUAUUUUAGUGUUUUUCUGCUCUAUAAUUAUAUCCUUAAGGCAACAUUAUCAUGUAGCUAGCCAAGUA